AUGAGGCAAUCAGAUGGAAACAGUUGUGAAGACUCUAGCGUGACCAGCAUGCAACUGCAGCCUUAUUGUUCUUUCAAACGUCAAAGAGGACAUGGAGCUUCCAAGAAUUACAACAGGAUCCUUUGUGUUCUGGCUAUUGUGGCAGCUCUCCCCUCUGCUGUCGACGCCUUUAUGGGUGGAAACAAUAAUAAAAACCGAGUGACACUACCUUAUGAUGCUGUAUCUUUGGUAUCAGCUUCAGUAGCAUCGUCCUCAAAGAAGUCGCUGACACGAUUACAAUUGACAAAUCAACCAUCGUCAUCCUCUUUGCCGCAAGAUGAAGAUGAUGAAGAAGCCUUUCGCAAUCUUUAUCUACAGGAGAGUACCGAAGGCAUGCUAUUAGGGAAAGAGUUUGAACAACGCCAAACGCAACUCGAGAAUGAUCGCAAGAGAUUGACGGAAACCUUUAACAUUGAUGCGAGCAUGAUGAAUUCCUCAGCAAGUCUCUUCAACACAGCAUCCAAUGCGGUGGUGAUCAGUACUCCUUCGGAACGCCGGUCACUACAGCAACGAAGAACAAGAACAGCAAGUCCUCCCCCGGCAACUGCUGCCGCUGAUGACAAUUGGGCCUUGAUUCUUUGCACGAGCCUUACGGCUCAGUUGUCCCAACAAGCUGCCGUCCUGCAAGACAGCAUGUACACACAUCAAGAACAACAUUUGCAAUUGCAAAAACAGCAAAGUCUAGUCAUCCUAUUCUGCGCCUUGGGACUUUUGGUUGCCAGCAGUAGUGGAUAUAUGGAAUUGACUUCCCAUUCAGAGAUUCCAUCCCCUGCCCCCUUUCAUAUUAUUUGA